UUGGGCAGGAAUUCCAGAACCGGCGGCGGCUUUUGCCGUUGCCGCAGGGCCGCUCUGCCCCCCUCCACUGUCGGCUCCCCGCGAUGAAUCUCGUCGAGGAUGGAGGCCGCGGCGUGCAGGAGUUCGGCGAGGCAGGAGUGCUCUCCCCAUCGGGUGGCCGGGCAGACUGCAGCUCGGCCGGCAACUCUUCAUCCCCUUCUGCCGGAGUUGCAUAUACUCCGCCUUGGUCUGCACUACUCCAUUUAGCGAAAAGUUCAAGGACGUUUCCGCGUCCCCUGGCGGGAUUCUCAUCGGCGUUGGGAGCGACAGAGACGUCAAAAUCUGGUCCGGUUGCUCUUGGCGACCGAUGGGGGCGAUGUUUGAUCAGAUAUCGAUCGGUGGCCGAGGUCGGGGUGCAGCAACGUCGAGCGGAGACCUCUACGCGUGGGCGAGAACCGACGACGAAAACGUGUACUACUACCACGGAUACGCGUGGUACCACGUGAUGGAUGGUGCAAAGGCAUUCACGGGCGGAGCCCCGGGCUACAUCUACGCCACCGGCCUCAUGGGCGGCUAUUUGAGCGUCGUCUGCGCCAUUGCGCCCGCACUCGGCGAGCGCCCAUCCUGGGUGACGACCUCUAUAAAUCUCCUGAACAUCUUUGCCAACGUCUACGCCGUAGGCUGCUCGGCCGACGAAUGCUGGGCCUGCGACAACUUAUACCGUCUGUGGCAUAAGCCCAACGUUGACUGCGCCAACACAACGUGGGUGAGGGCGAGCGGUCCAAACGCUCCGGUUAUGCCCAAGAAAAUAGUGGUGGACUCCGCGGGUGGAGUCUACCUCCUUGGAACCAAUGCGCAACUCUACCACAGGGCUGUGAAUAUAACGACGUGGACUCAGCCAAUCCCCAGUGGAUACUUCCUGUCCUUCACUGUACACGAAUCUAACCUUAUCGUCAUAGACUCUGCCAGGACCAUGAAGAUAUGCAAAGUGUGAUACCCUUGGGCCAUUGGCAUACUCUUUCACUCAUGUUUAUUUGCUCACCCACCCACUUACCUGUCCAUCCCUUUACCCACCCACUCAUACAUCCACCCACCCACUCACUCAACCACUCACUCACUCAACCACCCACUCACACAUCCACCCAUUCACACAUCCACCCACUCUUUCAUCGACCCACUCACUUACCCACCCACUCACUUACCCACCCACUCUGUCACCCAU